AUGUCUUUCUUAAAACAGCAAUUCUCGUGUGAUCCUUUAGAGAUGAAAAUUGAUAUUCAUAGUCACAUUCUACCUAAGGAAUGGCCUGAUCUAAAAGAGAGAUAUGGUUAUGGUGGAUGGGUUCAACUGGACCACCAUUGCAAGGGGGAGGCAAAAAUGAUGAAGGAGGGAAAGGUUUUCAGAGUUAUCCAAGAGAACUGCUGGAAUCCAGAGGUUCGGAUUAAAGAGAUGAACAAAUCAGGAGUCACUGUACAAGCCCUUUCUACAGUUCCUGUAAUGUUCAACUAUUGGGCCAAACCUGAGGAUACUUUAGAUCUGUGCCAAUUAUUAAAUAAUGACUUAGCUGCUACAGUAAAAAAGUACCCCAAGAGGUUUAUCGGCCUUGGCACAUUACCUAUGCAAGCACCAGACCUGGCUGUGAAGGAAAUGUAUCGCUGUGUGAACGAGCUUGGCUUUCCUGGGGUACAGAUAGGAUCUCAUAUCAACGAAUGGGACCUGAAUGCACCAGAACUGUUUGCUGUCUAUGCUGCAGCUGAAUUAUUAAACUGUUGUCUGUUUGUGCAUCCCUGGGACAUGCAGACAAAUGGAAGGAUGUCCAAGUACUGGCUUCCCUGGCUUGUGGGCAUGCCAGGGGAAACAACCAUUGCCAUUUGCUCCAUGAUUAUGGGAGGAAUUUUUGAAACUUUUCCUAAACUGAAAGUUUGCUUUGCCCAUGGAGGUGGCGCUUUCCCAUAUACACUAGGGCGUAUUUCCCAUGGAUUCAAUGUGCGCCCUGAUUUGUGUGCAGUGGAUAAUAAAGUUGAUCCAAAGAAAUACCUCGGUUCAUUUUACACGGAUUCACUUGUCCAUGAUCCUCGGGCCCUAAAGCUGCUAAUCGAUGUAAUAGGAGAGGACAAAGUUCUUUUGGGAACAGAUUACCCUUUUCCACUAGGGGAACUAGAACCUGGAAAACUGAUUGAUUCUAUGGAAGAGUUUGAUAAUGGACUAAAGGAUAAACUCAAAGCUGGCAAUGCUCUGGCAUUUUUGGGUCUUGACAGAAAACAAUUUGAAUAA